CUGUCUCGUGGGGGAGAGGCGCUUGUUCACGUAGUACAGAGGUUGCAAGCGGUGCAACUAUGACACAGAAAUCAGUAUGCAUGAUGGCAGUCUGUACUGCCGUUGUUCUACUGGCAGCACUAGGCGUCGAGGCGGGAUCUGCGCCAGCGACGUUGUUCGCCAAAGAGGCGGAGCUAGCGAGCGGGUUUGGCGGUCGUACGCGGGCGAUUGUAGGCGCCGAUGUUGAUGGCGAUGGAGUGACCGACGUCGUGGUGGCGUCGGUGGUAGGCCUGAUGUGGAUCCGAUUGGCGGAUGCAGGGACUCAGGCCGAGGUGGUGCCGAUCCUGAGCGACAACAACGUAGUGGGAGUGGCGGCGGGAGACUUGGACGGAGAUGGCGAUGUCGACCUUGUUGUGGGUAUUGGCGUGGCAGUUGGAUGGCUCGAGAAUCUCGGGUCUGUCUUUUCGCCGCUCCAGACCUUCAACGCCAGUUUUGGGGCGACUGUUGCGCUCGAGGUGGUGGACAUCGACGGCGAUGGAGAGUUGGACGUGGUGGCUGGGGCGAGUGAUCCGAUCGCUGCUGUCUUUUUUAACGCUGGUAGCGGCUCAAGCUGGAGCCAGGCCACCGUCUCGACCAGUAUUCGCAUUUCAGCGCUGAAAGUGGCCGACCUGAACAAUGAUGGAGACGUGGACUUGUUUGCGGCUCUCGGCACCGACGAUGGCGUUCAGGCCUGGCUCAACAACGGCGAUGGCAGCACGUGGACUAGCGUCAACGUGGCGAGCGGUCUCAACCUCGUGACUGCGGUGAGCUCUGGAGACCUGGACGCUGAUGGGUUUGUCGACCUCGUCUCGGGUAGCUUCAUCUCUGCCCAAAUUCUCCUCCACACCAACGUUGAUGGAAGCGCGACCGUGUGGAACACGUCGGUGAUCGAACCGUCGGCGUUUGGCAGUGUCGGAUUGAGGGUGACUGAUGUGGACGGUGACGGCGAUUCAGACGUGGUCCUCUUCCGAGAAGUGACGACCGGACUGGCGUGGCUUGAAAACGUGGCUGGCGAUGGCUCAGUGUGGAGCUCGACAGUGGUGCGGCAAGACGUAACAGUCAGCGCUAUGAACCUGGUGGACGUUGAUGGACACGGCGGGCUGGACAUUGUGUUUGGCACAAAACUAGACAACGGAUACAUUGGGUCGUUUCUCAACAAGCAGCCGGCAGCGAGCCAAUCUGCGUUGCUGAAUGCGGCUUUUCUCCACGGCCAAACUGCUGAGCGGACAGAGUUUGUGGUGGACCUGGCGUUUGCCGACGGAACGCCUGCGAUGUAUCCAAUGCCUGCGUCGCAAGUCUCAGUCUUGUUUACGCCUGCAGUGACCGAUUUGAUGACUUUGAUAGUGUCGGGCUCGCCGACGCAGGUGGUCAUUUCGGUCCAGUUCACUGUAGCGCAAGCGUAUUCGAUGGAUAUCUCGCUCUUCGGUGAGGAGCUUCCAGGCUCGCCAUUUUCGGUUGUUGUCGACGUCGACUGUCCGCCGGGUUUUAAGGUUGCCGGCUCGCAAUGCGUUGCAUGCGAGGAGGGGACGUACGGCCGCAACGUGACGAGCACGGUGACCGAGUGCACACAGUGUCCGGGGCUGACGAACGCGCCCGAGGCGUCGUCGAGCUGGCGGAACUGCACCUGUGUGGUCGGGACGUGGCUGACGAGUCGAGGGCAUCGGGCCAACGCGCCGUGCGAGAGCUGUCCGCGCGGCGCGACUUGCCUCGGUGGGCUGAGUCAUCCCCAGUCACUGCCGGGCUUCUACGAACACCCGGCGGGCUCAGGCCGGUUCCUGGAGUGCACCCGAGCCGGGUGUCUUGGCAACGGCCGGUGCCGCGACGGAUACACCGGCUUUCUCUGCGGGACGUGCCAGAAUGGCUUCUACUCGUUGUCGGACACCGAGUGUGCGACGUGCCCCAAGUCUGCCAACUCGGUUUUUGUCUCGGGCAUGGCCAUCCUGAUUGUAGUGGCAAGUCUGGGAGGAUUGUUUGUGGCGUGGUCCGUGACGCGGGUCACCAAGGUCAACGAGGCGUACACGUUGGCAUGCUCAGGCUCGGUGACGUCGGAGCAGCGUGCGCGACAGCUCCUUCUGGUCCUUUUUCGGCAGCGGACGCUUCCGGUCUCGCUCGGCAUGAUUGUGGUGGCCUUUCAGGUUGUGGACAUUCUCGGCUCGGCCAACUUUGCGUGGGACUCGGCGUCGAGCGCGGUGCUCUCGAUCUUUGGCGCAUUUUCGGUCAACCCGCAGCUUGUGGCGGCCGAAUGCGCUGUUGCAACGUAUCACACGCUGUAUGUGGUCUCCGUUGCGACGCCGAUCGCCAUGCUCGGCAUUGCACUUUUGGUCAAUCUCGCGCUUCGGCUGGCAGCGCACUUUGUCCACAUCCCGCUGUUUGGCGGGACCGGACAAAUCCCUCUGCGGUCGCUUGUCGACUCUGUCAUCUUUACGCUCGCACCGGUGCUCUACAUUCCGAUUGCGCGCGCCGCGCUGGCGCUCUUUGACUGCGUGAUCCUUCCUGACGGCUCAAUUGUCCUCGACUCGGACGUUGGCGUCAAGUGUUUCGACGCUAAAUGGUGGCGCAUCUUUCCGCUCGGCAUCGUUGCCAUCUUUGGCUUUGUCCUUGGCCUCCCGCUGUACUUUGCAAUGAUGCUCGUUCGCAAGCGGACGGUGCUGUUCGAGCUGACGACGACGCUCCGGUUUGGCUCGCUCUACCGCAACUUCCGGCGGCACCACUACUACGGCGAGGUGCUCUCACUGUGCAAGCGACUUGCGAUUGUGGUGGUCACCACCUUCCUCUCUCGGCAACAGCUGGUGCAGAUUGCAUUACUCUUUGGCAUCUUUGUCGCCGCGCUGUACUUUGUGGGCACGCGCCAACCGUAUUACUUCCCGCUGUACAACGACCUCGACGUCCGGCUCUCGGUCGUCCUCUGUGCCAUUCUACUCAUCGGAACCGGCGCGUAUGCUGAGCGCAGCAGCGGGACGCCGACGACAGCGUUUUCCGUCGCCACCAUCGUCGCCGUCGUCAGCCUCGUCGCCGUCGCUUGCCACGGCUUUGGCAGAGAUGUGUACCUCCUUUGGUGCGAGCGCAACGCGACGUACGUCGCCGCGGCGCACCGGCGGAUCCUCUUUGCCAAGACCAUGGAUACCGAGAUGAUGGACGUGGCCGACGACGACGGCCUGCACAAUGCCGCCCAUGCCUUUCUCCACGCGUUUGAGACUGCGACGUCGAUUGUGGCCGACAAGGGCGGCCGAGCCGAUGCUUCCGACUUUAUCGCUCUGGACAUGCCUGGUGGGCUCGAGCUUGAUAACAUCUGA